AUGAGUGAACAAUCAGAAAAAAACAAUUCCAUUCAAGAAGGACACACAGAUCAUAGUUCUUCUGAGAAAAACUGUCAAAUUGGACAGAAACAACUGCAACAAAUAGAGCGGCAGUUAAAAUGCUUGGCGUUUCAAAACCCUGGCCCACAGGUAGCUGACUUUAAUCCUGAAACAAGGCAGCAGAAAAAGAAAGCACGGAUGUCAAAGAUGAAUGAGUAUUUUUCUGCAAAAUACAAAGUUAUGAGGAAGUACGACAAAAGUGGCAGGCUCGUCUGCAACGAGGCUGACCUGUGCGACUGCCUCGAGAAGAACUGCCUGGGCUGCUUCUACCCCUGCCCCAAGUGCAACUCCAACAAGUGUGGGCCUGAGUGCCGCUGCAACCGACGCUGGGUUUACGAUGCCAUCGUCACCGAGUCGGGGGAGGUCAUCAGCUCGCUGCCAUUCAAUAUUCCUGACUAGGGCUGUUAUGUACGGACACAUCUGCUUCUUCUUAUACAUUUAAGUCGACCUCUUUCUCUUGGGUGAAUUUUAGGGCUUGGGGAAAAUGUUGGAAAAACAUAUUUAGGACUCGUGUUCUCUCAAGCUGCAGAGUAAACUCGAAUGGGCAUUAAUGUCGUACCUUCUUACUGUGU